AUGCCAUCCUCAUCAAAGAGCAUCGACACCAACCUCUCUCGAAUCAACAUCGACGAAUCAAGCAAUUCCAUCCAUCUUGCCCGCGAAGAGAAGCCCGAACCCCGCGAUUACUACAUGUAUCUCCUCCACGCCGAACAAGGCCGAGACAAAGACACCCGACGCUCAUCCCUCCUCGCCCAAAAGUUCACCACCAAGAAGAACUUGACCACCUUCACCUUCGAACCCCUCCCCUACGACAAACUCUGGGAAGGCGAUUUCCUAACCCACUUCAAAGCCCACCCCAAACGAAUCGUGAUAUUCCAAGUACUCCCAAUCCCCGACACCCAACCCUUUCGCGAAAAGAAACUCGUCCUCGGCUUCAACUUCGCAACAAACGAACUCGUCGGCUACACCCUCGACCCAACCAACCUUCCCAUUGAAGAAAUACACACACAACCCAAUAUCUGGCGAGAAUGUCGCGACUCCCAUGCACUGUCAAAGAGCUGGCCACGCCGCAACAAAGUACUGGCAAUUUCCACAACCCGCUUCUACGAAAUGAUCGAUUUCACUACGGAAUAUUUCGGCAAAUUUGGCGGCACUAUGCUCCGCGAUGGAAUUUUGCACUUCUUUAAGGAAAUUUCCACGCCUUUGCAUGCGAGUCUGGAUAUUGUUGUUGUUAUUCAAUUGGCGCAGUUUUUGGCGGACUUUGUCCAUGUGCUUGAAGAUGAUUGGGGGCGGGCGAGAGCUUUGUUAGAGAAGUGUGAUGCUUAUCAGGAGCUUUUGCGGGAUUUGUUGCUGAGGACUUCGGUUGAUGUUUGGAUGACUUCUUAUGAGGUUUUGAAGGUAGGGAUGGGUGGGGUGCGGGAUAAGGAUGCUUUGUCGAAGGAGGAGAGGGGUGGAAUUCAGGUUUUGAUUGAGGAGAAGGUUGAAGAGCAGACGAAGCAGGAUAGACAGGACUGGGGCCAGAGCCGGAGUCAGAGUCGAAGUCGGAAUCAUCAACAGCCGUACGUACAUGACGCCGAGGAUGAUGAACAAGAUGCCGCACAGCAAUACUUACAGCAGGGUGUGCAAGUACAGGAGGCUACGCGAGGACCUGGGCUGAGUGGCAUUUACUUUGCGCCCGCUGGCGAUGGCAGGGGACAACCAGAUGGGGGGGAUGGGUUCUGGACUUCAGCAUGGGCUGUAUGCGACGACUUAUGA